CGCCGAUUGUCACCGUGACAAGUUGUCGCGCGCGCGAUCGCUUACUUAGGUAUCACGGAUUAAUCGCGUGUGAUUAAUCGCGCGUUUUCACACCCAUUCUGCACGUCUCAAAACUGCACACGUUUCAUUCGUCUCUUGCGAAGAAUAUGGAACUGCCGACAGUGGACGCGUCACAUCCGAAGGCUAUAAGAAUGGCAGGUUCGCCAAAAUUGGAAAACGAAACCAAACCGGAAACCGGUGACGAGCCUUUCUUCAGUGUUCUGGACAUCUUAUUGCUCGGCAGUCUUCUUGUAGUGACGAUAUGGUACAUCCUGAGGAAAACUAGGCGAGAGGAACCCGCGCCAUCGCCGAAAUCAUACUCUAUUCAACCAACGUCAUUUGUCGCAAUACCGCCAUCGGAGAACUCAUUCAUCAAGAAGCUGAAGACUUCCGGGCGAAGCUUGGUUGUAUUUUAUGGGAGUCAGACGGGCACCGCCGAGGAAUUCGCGGGUCGUCUCGCUAAAGAGGGAAUUAGAUAUAAAAUGAAGGGCAUGGUGGCCGAUCCCGAGGAGUGUGAUAUGGAGGAGCUAGUACACCUGAAAAAUAUUCCAAACAGUUUAGCAGUGUUUUGUUUGGCCACGUACGGAGAGGGCGAUCCUACUGACAAUGCGAUGGAGUUUGUCGAUUGGCUCAAGAAUGGAGACGGUGACCUUACAGGAUUGAAUUAUGCGGUAUUUGGACUUGGUAAUAAAACUUACGAGCAUUAUAACGAGGUUGGCAUAAACGUGGAUCACAGAUUAGAACAAUUGGGUGCUACGCGCGUUUUUGAAUUGGGUCUUGGAGAUGAUGAUGCCAACAUAGAAGAUGAUUUUAUUACAUGGAAAGACAAGUUUUGGCCAGUCGUCUGCGAAUUCUUUGGCAUUGAAGGUGCCGGCGAGGAUGUUAGUAUCCGACAAUACAAGCUCACGGAACAUGUAGAUCUACCUGCCAAUCGUAUUUACUCCGGAGAGAUUGCUCGUCUUCACUCUUUCACAAACCAGAGACCGCCUUACGACGCGAAGAAUCCAUUCUUAGCACCGGUGAAGGUGAACUGCGAGCUACACGGCCCGACAUCCGAGAGAUCGUGCAUGCAUAUCGAGUUCAAUAUCGAAAGUUCCAAGAUACGUUAUGAGGCGGGUGAUCAUUUGGCCGUCUACCCAGUGAACAAUGCGGAACUAGUGAAUAAAAUCGGCGAACAAUGCGGCGCAGACUUGGAUACCGUAUUCACCCUUACAAAUACAGAUGAGGAAUCCACGAAGAAGCAUCCGUUCCCUUGUCCUUGUAGCUAUAGGACUGCCUUGACGCAUUACUUGGACAUUACGAGCAACCCGCGAACGCACGUUCUUAAAGAGUUGGCCGAGUACGCGACCGAUCCCGCGGACAAGGAGAAGCUAAAGCUGAUGGCAUUAACUACUGCGGAGGGCAAAGCGGCCUAUCAGCAAUGGAUAGUUCAAGAGAAUCGCAAUAUUGUGCACAUUUUAGAAGAUAUUUCCAGCUUGAAGCCACCGCUGGAUCACCUCUGCGAGAUUUUACCACGAUUACAAUGUCGAUACUACUCAAUAUCCUCAUCUCCGAAGCUUCAUCCGAUUUCGAUUCACAUCACGGCGGUAGUAGUGGAAUACAAAACCCCAACUGGCAGGAUCAAUAAGGGCGUAACUACUAAUUGGUUAAAGGAUAAACAUCCCUCCGAUCCACCCUGUGUCGUCCCGAUCUUCGUAAGAAAGUCUCAGUUUCGUUUACCGACGCAUUUGAGUACUCCCAUCAUCAUGAUUGGUCCGGGAACUGGUCUAGCGCCAUUCAGAGGCUUCAUACAGGAACGUGAUCUCGCAAGAAGAGAAGGUAAACAAGUGGGCGAUACAAUACUGUACUUUGGAUGCAGAAAAAGCCAAGAAGAUUUUCUUUAUCGUGAGGAAUUGGAACAGUACGUAAAGGACGGCACUUUAACAUUGCAUACCGCAUUCAGCCGCGAGCAAGAGCAUAAAGUCUAUGUCACUCAUUUGCUCGAGAAGAACAAGGAGGAACUUUGGCGCGUCAUCGGUGAACAGAAUGGACAUAUUUACGUUUGCGGAGAUGCUAGAAAUAUGGCCCGUGAUGUUCACAAUAUACUGCUCAAGGUUGUGAUGGACCGAGGCAACAUGUCUGAACUCGAUGCAGCAAAUUAUAUCAAGAAAAUGGAGUCGCAAAAGCGAUACUCGAGUGAUGUUUGGAGUUGAGUCGUAUUAAUUGUAUUAUAGAGAAGUAUAGAAAAGUAAUAUUUUAUGUACGAGGACUUUUAAGUUCACCAAGGUUCGAUUCGUCGAAGUAUCGGGAUGGUCGUUAAUAGCGAUAUGAUUUGUCAAAUGGCUUGCCGUUUUUUUUCGUUUGGUAAUCUUCAUCGCGCGAUUUUUUUACUUUCAUCAUCACGUCCUACCGAAUAGAAUAAUUAUAGUAGAAUUAUAUUUUAGGCCACUAUAAUCAGAGCUGGCACAAUCUUCCUUAAAAUUUAUAUAAAACGUAUUGUAAAAAACGAUUAGUAUUUUCUUUGAUAUUUCAAUAUUAUCUAUUUCUACAUUGUAUGUAUAUUGCACAAUUAUUUUUGAUAAUUAUGCAGUUUAAGGAAAGGCCUCACAGGUUUCAUCGGCUUUGAUAUAUAUUAUCAAUGACACGGUCCUUAAUAUAUAUGUCAAGGCUAUUGAAAUCUAUGAAGUCAUUCCUAAACUGUAUAAUUAUCUUAUUUUUAUUAAAUAUAUGAGGUUAUUUAAACAGAUUAUACAUUUUAUAUUUCAAAUAAUAAGCCGAGAUACAGAGAUAAAGCUCGUCUUUGAUCCUUUGUAAAUGCUCAAUCCUUGAAUUUGUGUUGUCUGGAAAAGGAAGUGUUAUGUGUUAGUCCUGAUAAUGUCAUGAUGCACAAGUACUAACUCAUGCAAGUUGUACAAAUAAUAUCACUAAAAUUUUACUCCUAUUCAUAGUCGUCUAUGAUCGCCCGCCCGGUAUAAUACACCACAGUUUAGUUAAAUAUUAAAUCUUACUUACAACAAGUGCAAUAGGCAAUAUAUAGCAAAUAUAAUCAUUUUUUGUAAGAUCAAUAUAGUAAAUAUAUAUAAAAGAUUGUUAUUGCCUAUUAGUUUAUGCAAGAAGCAAUUGUUGAGUCUUAUGGACAAGUCCCAUAAAUAUUUUAUUUAGUAAUAAUUACAUUCUCUUAGACACAACCUUUAAAUUAUAUUCUCGAGUUCAUUAUUGGUCCAUAUAUCGGUAAUAUAUAUUGCUAUGGAAUAGCAUAUAUUACAUGAAAAUUUAAUACAAAUUUUUAAUCAAGUUUUUUGUGCAAAUAUAUAGAUUACAGAUUUAUUCUAGUGUAAAGAUAUUACUUUACUUGAGUGUAGGUAAAAUAAUACUCUUUACAGUAAGUUUGUAUAUGGACCAAUUCCAUCGAUUGUUCGCUCCAUUACACAAUGCAGCUCCAUUAUACAAUCAAAGCAAAGGUACUGCGCACUAGUUACAAUUAGCAUUAAUGAUGUUAAUUCAGGUUUUUCUGUCUCUACUUGCAACUCUACUAGAAUUGAUCAAUUGAAUUCGUAACUACGAUUGAUAUAGAUAUACCGAUAACAAAUAUUAUGAUUUAGAUAAACAAUUGUUAAUAAAUCCUAAGACAAUCA